UCUCCUUCAUUUCGCCAAGAAACGUGUUGUACUUAACACAAUACUAGCAGCACCAACUGCCAACGUUUCCACCUAAUAAUCUGAAACUGUCAUUCAUGUAUUCGACAAAAUUCCUCAACCAACUCUGUUUCCCGUCGUUACUUCAAAUUUACCUCAGUCGCUCUCUUUGACAGGAAUCGUACAACUUAAUAAUUAGCAGAAAAAGUCUCGCUUUUUUUAUCCUUCCGAUGGCCCAGAAGUCUCUUGCUUUGAUGGGCUAUGGUGUUUCUCAGUUUAGCUGGGGAGAUUCGGUGGAACGGGUCGGGGAUUCGGACAUAAGAGGUAAAUGGGGCAGCUUUUUGGGUCUUCCGGUGAAUUUGAAGAUGCGGUCUGUUACACACGUGACGACUGCAAAGCCAACUGCUAAGCAGUGGAGGGUUGUAAGUCAGACUGAGAAAGACGUUUCGCCGAGAUCGCAAAAGGAUUUGAUCUCUUAUCCGAGACCAUUGUCUGUAUCCGACAUUUCUACAAAAUCUAGUAAUGGUUCAAAGGUGCGGAUAUCCUUUAAGGGGUCUCCGGGUUCCUACACUGAGGAUGCAGCACUCAAUGUCUAUCCCAAAUGUGAAACAAUACCUUGUGAUGAAUUCGAAGAUGCAUUUAAAGCAGUUGAAUUAUGGCUAGCUGAUAAAGCAUUUCUUCCAAUUGAGAAUUCAUCCAGUGGAAGUAUCCAUCGCAACUAUGAUUUACUCCUUCGUCAUAGGCUUCAUAUUGUUGGUGAGGUUCAGUUGCCUGUUAACCUCUGUCUCCUAGCUCUGCCCGGCGUUAGAACAGGGCAGUUAAGACGGGUUUUAAGCCAUCCACAGGCAUUGGCUUUAAGUGACACUUUCCUGAGUAAGUUAGGUGUCAGUAGAGAAAAUGUUGAUGACACUGCUAGUGCUGCUCAGUAUGUAGCCACAAAGGGCCUGAGGGAUGCUGGUGUUAUAGCAAGCGCUCGAGCUGCUGAGAUUUAUGGGCUAAACAUACUAGCAGAACAAAUCCAGGAUGAUCCCGACAGUGUAAAUCGUUUUCUGGUUCUUGCAAGGGACCCGAUAAUUCCAAGGUCUGAUAAGCCAUUCAAGACUAGCGUUGUUUUUACCUUGGAUGAAGGCCCUGGAGUAUUAUUCAAAGCAUUGGCUGUGUUUGCAUUGAGGGAUAUUAAUUUGAGAAAGAUUGAAAGUCGACCCCAGAGAAAGAGACCACUAAGAGUGGUUGAUGACUCCAAUACAGGAACUGCCAAGUACUUUGACUACCUUUUCUAUAUUGAUUUUGAGGCUUCCAUGGCAGAGCCCCGCGCACAAAAUGCUUUAGGGCAUCUUCAGGAAUUCGCAACAUUCCUUCGAGUUCUUGGCUGCUAUCCCAUGGAAACAGCUCUUUAGUUGUCUUUCUCUCCCACAACUUUCCAAUUCUGGCCAGUGGUGGUAAGGGCAUUUCUCCAAACAUUUCGUGUGGCCUUUUAGACACGAAGCUUUGUGAAUGCCCCAUGCAUUCAUCAUACAAGUUGAAAUAUGCGUCCACGUUGUGCCAUGUUUUAGCUAUUAAGUUUCCAAAGAUGGUGGAGAGGACAUAAUUUUCUGGUUAUUCACAAAAGCCUCAAGGAAGGUUGAAGAUCCCAGCUUGCCUGUAGGUUGACUUUCAAGUAACAUGGGCUUUUUUUUCUCAGCUUGCCUGCAGUAUAUAGACAGAGUAGCAAUUUCCACAUAAUUGUUUCUGCCAGUUAUCCAGAAUUCUGAUGUAGAAUGACAUCUUUGCUGCUAGAAUUCUCAUUUUCCAACCUAAAGACCAAGUUUGUACACUCCCACUUUCAUAGUGAGAACUUCUUUCUUUUCUUUUUU